GGCAUGAUAUUCAAACGGUUUAAAUAGCCAUAAACUUGGCAUCGCAUUUGCAGUCGUUCGGUAAAUUUUGUAACGUGCACAACGCAAAGCAGUAAAAAAUCAAGGCAAACUUCAUAAUGGAUUUCUACUACUUGCCCGGUUCCGCUCCAUGCCGCUCGGUCAUGAUGACCGCCAAGGCCUUGGGCAUUGAGCUCAACAAGAAAUUGCUUAACUUGCAAGCAGGUGAACACAUGAAACCGGAAUUCUUGAAAAUCAACCCACAACACACCAUUCCCACAUUGGUCGAUGGUGAUUUUGCCCUGUGGGAGUCUCGUGCCAUUAUGGUCUAUUUGGUUGAGAAAUAUGGCAAAACCGAUUCUCUCUUCCCCAAAUGCCCCAAGAAACGUGCCGUUAUCAACCAGCGCUUGUACUUCGACAUGGGCACGUUGUACAAGAGUUUUGCCGACUACUACUACCCCCAGGUGUUUGCCAAGGCUCCCGCCGAUCCCGAAAUGUUCAAGAAAAUGGAAACCGCUUUCGACUUUUUGAACACCUUCUUGGAGGGCCAUCAAUAUGCUGCUGGUGAUACCUUGACUGUUGCCGAUUUGGCCUUGUUGGCUUCGGUGAGCACUUUCGAGGUAGCCGGUUUCGAUUUCAGCAAAUAUGCCAAUGUGGCCAAGUGGUACGCUAAUGCCAAGACUGUUGCCCCCGGUUGGGAUGAGAACUGGGCCGGUUGCAUGGAGUUCAAGAAAUUCUUCGCUUAAGUUUAACAUAAAUGUCUGUUGUAUUAUAUAUUUAUUUUUUAUUAAUUUUAUUCAUUGUUAAUGUAACAAAAAAAAAUUUUAUGUAACUUUAGAUUGUGUGAAAAAGUUAAUUUUUGUAUUACUUUGCCCCUAAAGUUCUGAUCUGAGCAAACAACUAAAAUUAAAGCACAAACACAGCUUGCUGAAGAAAAUUUCUAUUGUUAGAAAUAAAUAAAGAAAAUAAAUUCAAAUAAAAGACAA